AUGAAUUUAAGAACACCAUUUCAUUUUUUAUUUUCCAAAUAUUAUAAUCUCCUUGAAAUACGUAGUUUUAAUAUUAGUUGUGUUUAUUCUAAUAAGGCAAAUACUACCGCUCAAGAUGAUCGGACAACACAUUUUGGAUUUAAAACAAUUAAACAAUCCGAAAAAACGAAGGAAGUGUAUUCGGUAUUUGAAAAUGUCGCUAAUUCCUAUGAUGCGAUGAACGAUGCUAUGAGUUUUGGGAUACAUCGGAUAUGGAAGGAUAUAUUUAUUGAGAAACUCGAUCCCGAACAAGACUGCAGGCUACUGGAUUGUGCCGGGGGAACCGGUGACAUAGCCUUCCGUUAUCUAAAACAUUUCGAAAAACCACAUGUCGUUAAUAGUCUAAAAAGUCACGUAACUGUUCUUGAUAUCAAUGCAAAUAUGCUGGAUGUGGGACAGGUCAGAGCUAAAAAACAAGGUUUUACGGUAGAAAAUGGUUACGAUAUUUCAUGGGUACAGGGUAAUGCAGAAAACCUUCCUUGUGAUAAUGAAUCUUAUACAGCUUAUACGAUUGCAUUUGGAAUUAGAAAUGUCACGGAUAUCGAUAAGGCCUUAUCGGAAGCUUAUCGAAUUUUAAAACCCGGCGGAAGAUUUCUGUGUUUGGAGUUCAGUCAUGUAGAUAAUUUCUUAUUAAGAUGGGUUUACGAUCAGUACUCUUUUCAAAUUAUUCCUGUAUUAGGAACACUCAUUGCUGGUCAAUGGCAACCUUAUCAAUACCUUGUUGAAAGUAUUAGACGCUUUCCUAAGCAAGAGAAAUUCAGGGAGAUGAUUCUCAAUGCUGGAUUUAAGCAAGUCACAUACGAAAAUUUGACUUUUGGAACAGUUGCCAUACAUAAAGGAUACAAAAUCUAACGUUUCCAUUUCAUAAUUAGAGUGUUUUACAAGGAUUACGUAUGCUUCAUAAACUUAUCCACGACGUAUUUAUAUAUA